GCCGGCACCCAGGAUGCGGCCGCCCGAGUGGCAGGGGCUGCUCCAACAGGCCGACGCGCUGGCCCACGGCGGGAAGCUGCCCGAGGCGCUGCGGCUCUACCAGCUGGCUUCCCGCCACCGGCAGCUGCGGGCCGAGCAACUGGACGAGCUGGUGGCCUGCCUGGCGCGCAACGUGCGCAGCAAGGAAGGCAGCAGCGCCGCCUGGCCCCCGUCGGCCCUUCGCCGGGGCUGGGAGGUCUUCGGGUGCCACAAGUGCCAGGGCUUCCUCUACGAGCCCGUCUCGCUGCUCUGCGGGCACACCUUCUGCAAGCGCUGCCUGGAGCGGGACCGCCAGCCGGCCGUGUGCGGCUUGUGCCGGGAGCGGGAGGGCGACGGCGGGGCGCGGCGGCUGCGGGUCAAUGUCAUCCUGAGCAACGUGUUGGCCAAGUGGUUCCCUCGCCAGGUGAAGGCGUCGCAGCUCCGCCACGAAGGGAACCGCUUGUAUAAGGAGAAGAAGCCGCAAGCGGCCCUUCAGAAAUACAACGAAGCCGUCAGCUUAGCCCCCAAUGAUCAUUUGUUAUAUAGCAACCGGUCACAGAUUAAUUCUACUUUGAAAUGUUGCGAAGAAGCCUUGCAUGAUGCAGAAAUGGCCUGCAGACUCCAGCCAUAUUGGUUGAAGGGUCACUUACGGAAGGGGCAAGCCCUAGCUAACCUUGGGAAGACCGAAGAAGCUUUGCAUGAGUUCUUGUUUUGCCUUGCUGUGGAUGUCGGGAAUAGAACAGCCAAAUCGGAGGCUCAGCGGGUCAAUGUAGAACAGAACAAGAGUCUCACUGAGGAUCGGAAAGAAGUCAAUUGUGGCAGUGUGGGAAAAUCUGCCCCAGCAACAGAGAGCGAAAAAGACACUGUGGGUGACAAGGGCAGGAAUUCCUCAGUGCCCGAAUUGGCUCAGAAGUGUCGACUUUUAAAGAGGAAGCAUUACUCUGAGGAGUCCCCAGAUGCCAAUGUGCCUAGCAAAAUUAUGAAAAGGGACCCGAAUGAAGAAAACGGAGCCAGAGCUGGGAACUGUGUUCUCUUUGAAUUUGUAGACUCGUCUGACCUGGAGUGUUCACUGUGCAUGAGGCUCUUCUACGAACCUGUCACCACCCCCUGUGGACACACUUUCUGCCUGAAAUGCCUUGAAAGAUGCCUAGAUCACAACCCAAAAUGCCCCCUGUGCAAGGAAGGUCUCUCUGAGUGUUUGGCAAUGAGGAAGCACUGUAAGAAUGUGCUGAUGGAAGAAUUAAUUGCAAAAUACCUCCCUGAUGAACUCACCGAACGGAGAAAACUUCACGAAGAGGAAAUUGCUGAACUUUCCAACUUGAAUAAGAAUGUUCCCAUAUUUGUUUGCACAAUGGCCUAUCCCACUGUCCCAUGCCCACUGCACAUCUUUGAGCCAUGUUAUCGACUGAUGAUUCGGAGAUGCAUGGAGACAGGCACCAAGCAAUUUGGAAUGUGUAUUGGAGAUCCUGUCAAAGGAUUUGCAGAUUACGGCUGUAUGCUGGAGAUAAGAAACGUGGAGUUCUUUGCCGACGGGCGUUCUGUUGUUGACAGUAUUGGGAAGAGGAGGUUCAAAGUGAUACAACACAGCCAACGUGAUGGAUACAACACAGCUGAUAUUGAGUACAUUGAAGAUCAAAUGGUACAAGGAGAAGAAUAUGCUGAGCUAAUUGUUCUCCAUGAUUCUGUAUACAACCAGGCCUACAUGUGGUUUAACUCUCUGAAGCCAGCACUCAAGAGUCGUAUCCUCGGUCAUUUUGGUCCAAUGCCUGUUAAGGAUUUGGAGCUCCAGGCCAACCCGAAUGGCCCUUCCUGGUGCUGGUGGGUGCUGGCUGUCCUCCCCCUGGAGAGCAGAGCUCAGCUACCCUUUCUUGCCAUGACGUCCCUGAAAGAACGUUUGGAUGCUAUCCGGCGAAUCCUGACCUUCAUGUCCCGCGCAAGAUCUCGCUGAGGCCACAAGGAGUCCUGUGAAUCCUCUUGCAAUACUUGGCUGGCGAACUCAAGUGUCUCUCUGUUAACUGUGGCCAUUUUCAUAUGCUGAGGCUUAAAUCCGCUCUUGAGCCUAUCUCAGAGCCGAGUCUGGGGGGGCCCUUCUAGAAGAUGCUGUCCAGCGCUGCCACCAGCUUGAGUUAGAGGAUGGGGGGGGGAUCACUGCCACCACACAGCUGCAGACCCGCCUAAGACCAUGGGGCCUCCAUAGCAGUGCAGUAAGGUCUGCCCCAAUGUUUCCCCCUUGUCUCUGCCGCAAGCCGUUAACAGAAGAAAAAAUGCAGAAGAGAAAUGUUUUGUUUUUUGUGAGGUCAGAGGGCAUUCUGGCUACUAGAGGCUUUCUUCAGAUCAAAGCAAGAGCUACUUUUAAGCCCCAUGUAUGAAAGAGCCCUGUCUCUUGCUGCAAUAAUGUUUGAAAUGAGGGAGAAGGAAACAGUUCUAUUCCAGAUCGUCGACACAGCAAAAACCGAAAACUGAGCCUUCAGCAAGUUACCAUGUGCAAUGCAUAAUGUUUCUGAGUUUGGUUUCAGUUGCUGCACUGUUAAGCUUAAAUGUUCAUAUGUUUCUUUUUGUGUGUGGGUGGGAGGUGGGGAGAAAGUGAACAAAAGAGAAGCGAACUUGUUUGCCAUAAACCUCUUACAAGGUUUUCUUAAUUUUUAUUUCAUUUUGGGAAUAGCUGCAUUUGAAAUUG